CUUUUCCUCAGAAAGGGAAUCGCCUCUGUUUUUAUUUCCACUCUGUCCUGUAACGUUAGCUGAUGGUGUUUGACUCCAAUACGCGCAGCGGUAAAAAUGCAGAAGCAAAGUGGAUUCAGCUUCGGCGUCAGCGUUACUCCAGCGAAACCUUUAGCUGUUCCUGCUUCAAUCCGACCUCCUGCCUGCAGCUCGACAGUGGAUGCCAUAGUUGCUCCCAGCAUAGCUGCUAACGCCAGUUCAACAGAGAAAAGCGAGGACAAACAUUUGUUUACAUUCUCAGCGGCUCAGCCUUAUAUGGAAUCUCAAUGGAGAAAGGUGGAGUGGACAGAAGAGCAAAAGACGAGUCUGAUGAAGACUGUCAGCUCCUACAGACCAACCUGUGAGGAUGUGACUCAGGCUCGGAUUCUCCUCCUGGGCCCGCUCAGUUCUGGAAAGUCCAGCUUCAUCAGUUCAGUUCAGUCGGUGUUUAAUGGAAGAGUCACCAACCGGGCCAUGGUGGGCUCCUCCUCAACCAGCUUCACCAAGAAGCUACAGUCGUUCAACAUCCGUGAUAAGAAGGGAGAGGAUCCUUCCAGACUGGUGCUUUGUGAUAUUAUGGGCCUAGGGGAUGGAGAGAAGAUUGGACCGACCCUCCAUGACAUCCUGUCCGUCAUUAAAGGUCAUGUACCUGAGGGACACAAGUUUAGCCCAGAUCAGCCAGUGAGUUCUGAGACCGUGGGCUAUAUGAAGAGGCCAAGCCUCAAAGACAAGAUCCAUUGUGUGGCCUUUGUGGUGGACGCCUCUAAAGUCCUGACGUACCCCAAAGGCCUUAGCACUACCUUCCAGCAGCUCCGAGAGCACAUCAGUGACCUGGGUGUUCACCAGGUGGCUCUGCUGACCCACAUAGACCAAAUUUGUCCAGAAACGGCCAAAGAUGUUAUCGCGGUUUAUAAGAGCCGCAUCAUUCGGGACAUGAUGGGUAAAGCUGGAGCUCUGUUGGGUAUGUCCACCUCCUACAUCGUUCCGGUGAAGAACUACUCAUCGGAGUUGGACCUGGAUGUGAACACUGAUGUGCUUCUGCUUAGUGCUGUCGAACACAUCCUGCAGUAUGCUGACCUGUAUUUCCAGGACAACACACCACAAUAAACAAGCCCAAAGAAAAA